GAGAAACCAUGUGACCGACAAGAAAGGGAUUACGGAUGGAGGUAUAAAAGCGUGAAUCGGACUAGAGGCUUCACACUCCAGGAGAGAAGCGGAGCAGCAGAGGCCUUGUGGGACAUCUGCGACAGCAGGCACUCUUCAGAAAUGAACGCCAGUCCUCCUGCAGGAAGCGCCCUGGCCCCCGGUGGAGCCACGGGCCCCACCACCCCCAAGAAGGGCCCACCCAAAUUCAAGCAGAGGCAGACCCGCACAUUCAAGAGCAAGGCUCCCAAACCGGGCCAGAAAGGCUUUGGCGACGACAUCCCAGGCAUGGAGGGUCUCGGCACAGACAUCACAGUGGUCUGCCCAUGGGAGGCGUUCGGCGACAUGGAGCUCAGCGACUUGGCCAAAUACGGCAUCAUCUAAACCUCCUGCCUUCCUGCCCUGCACCUUUCCCCUCCGCCUUGACUUCCGCCCAUCGACGUUCGGCACGCCGCGAUAAGACGUCCGGAUGACCCCUAACGCCCUCUCGUCUGUCUACCUCAUGCCUGGCUCCACUGAGUGGAUGCAGCUAUUAUUUUUAUAUUAUUAAUAUAUUGUACUAUAUAAAUACUUGAACCAAGAAGACGAGAACAAACCUCCACUUCCCUUUUCCCUUCCUCUCAUCAUCUACAGUAGUCCUUCAUCUUUCCUCCUUCCAUCCCUGGACCUCCCUCCCCUCCCAUCUCGCGGCUACGUAUGCAAGCCAAAGCGCUAGCUAAGCACUAGCUCGUAUUUGCCUCUAGCUGUCUGUCAAAAUGUAAAUACUCUCACCUUUUUACCUCAUCUUCCGUCUCACCUUUUGUAAUUUCCUUUCCUCUUAUUGUGUUGUUUACUCUGUGCGACUGGAAGGGAAGUCGGGAGGGUGUCCGCCCCCUCCCUGCAAUGCACUCUCAGGUGAUCGUGGAGGAGGGACUCCCUUUUACCUCUUUCUCCAUCUCCCUCUCUGCCUGCUGAACCCACCUAACAGGAAAUAAAGACAAAUACUGCGUGUGAUUUCAGUGUGUGAGCACAAACAGAGCCUGUACUGUGACAUGAUGUGUGUCUGUAGCUGCAGUAAAAAUAUGUCUAUUUUCAGUA